AUGCUGGUCUCACAAUCCCAAGUCCGCUUCAUCGAAAGCGUCCAAACGGCUCUCCAUAAAUACGAUGACCAGCUGAAAAGCAUCAAUCACAAAAUAUGGUCCGACCCCGAACUCGCCUACGAAGAAUACCACGCUCACAACGUCAUCUGCGAACUCUUUGAAGAUCUGAAAUCCCAAGGCCACGCCUUCCAAAUCCGCCGCAGCGUCUACGACCUCCCCACGGCCUUUGAAAUCCAAUACACUCACGGCUCCAGUGCUACCGGUUCCGCCGACACCGGCCGCAUCGUGACCUUCAAUGCCGAAUACGACGCCCUCCCUGGGAUCGGUCACGCCUGCGGCCACAACCUCAUUGCCACGAGCUCCAUCGCCGCCUUCCUAGCUACAUGCUACGCCCUCCGCGCCUCAGACCAACAAGAACCCUGCACCGUGCGCCUCCUCGGCACGCCCGCUGAAGAAUCCGGCGGCGGCAAAGUUCGUCUCCUGGAAAAAGGCGCAUACAAGGACGUCGACGCCUGCUUGAUGGUCCACCCGUUUCCGAUCGUCUCGAAUGACCCGGAUCUCCUGAGUAUCGCGACCGUCGUGCCCGGCGGGUAUCUGGCGAACGAUAAAGUGCGGGUCACGUUCACGGGGAAGCCGGCGCAUGCGGCGGCCGCGCCCUGGGAGGGCAUCAACGCCCUGGAUGCGGUGGUCGCGGCGUAUGUGAAUAUUGCGCUGCUGAGGCAGCAGAUCCUGCCCAGUCAGAAGAUUCAUGGUAUCAUUGUGAAUGGAGGCGAUCGGCCGAAUGUGAUCCCUAUGUCGGCGUCGGUGGAUUAUUAUGUGCGCUCGGCGAGUAUGAAGUCGUUGAAGCCGUUGACAGAAAAGGUGGUUAAGUGUUUUGAGGCGGCGGCGACGGCGACGGGGUGUAAGGUUAAAUUUGACUGGGGAAUCUCAUAUGCGGAUUUGAAGUCGAACACACCCAUUUGCCAGAACUACGUCUCCGCUAUGCGAGUGAUGGGUCAUCAUACCGUGUUCGACAAUGCCGGAAAGGGUGACGAGCGGUUUGGCGGGGGUUCCACAGAUAUGGGAAAUGUGUCGUAUGCGGUGCCCGGUUUCCACGGGAUGUUCGCUAUCCCGGUCGACGGCGUCAACCACACGCCUCAGUUCACGAAGGGCGCCGGAUCGCCCGAGUCGUAUAAACGGAGUCUCUCCUGUGCGGCGGGGAUGGCCGUCGUGGCGUGUCAGAUUUUGACGGAUGAUAAGUUCGCGGAAGAGGUGAAGGCGGAUUUUGAGCGGGAGAGGGAUCAUUGA